CACUCACUCACCUCAAUAUUCCCCUUUCUAAUCCCUCAUAUUAUUACUUCACUCGACAUCAUGACCAUCCCCGCCGACAAAAAGAAGCCCGCCCUCGUCGUCGUGCCCGGCGCCUCCCAAAACCCAGCCCACUACGCCCACCUCCUGCACCUCCUCCAAUCCGCCGGCUACGGAGCCUUCACUGGCCUCCUCCCCAGCAUUGGCGCCCAAGGACAAGUCACGGCGGCCGACGACACCGACUACGUGCGCAACCGACUGAUCCUCCCUCUCCUGGAUGUCGGCAACCAAGAUGUGAUUCUGAUCAGCCACUCGUACAGUGGAAUGCCUGCUAGCGCGGCGGCGCGCGGACUCGGACCCGCCGACCGUGCCGCUCAGGGCAAGUCCACUUCCGUGCUGGGCCAGAUCUUCAUCGCGACCAUUUUGCCUCGUGGUGGUGACGGACUGAGUGUUAUUGAUUCUUUUGGUGGAAAUUUGCCCCCGCAUAUGUAUAUGGAUAAAGAACAAAACCUUCUCAAAUGCGACGAGCCCAAGCCCCCUCUCUUCUACGAUGUUGAACCCACCCUUGCCGACGCGGCUUGCCAGACUUCCCUUAGUCAGGGCUUGACUUCUUUCUCGAGUCCCUGUCCUGAGGCGAGCUGGGGCUCUGAGGCCUUCAAGGAUAGAAUCGCUUACAUCCACACCACUGAGGAUCGCGCGGUGCCUUACCCGGCCCAGACGGCUAUGGUUCAGGCUACGGGUGCUAAGUGGAUCACUAGGGAACUGGCUACGGGUCACAGUGCGCAAUUGUCUGCUCCGGAGGAGCUGACGAAGACUAUUCUGGAGUUGGUGAAGCAGUGGGAGUAGAUAGAUGUAUUUGUGAAGAAUUGGGUGUGGAUUUAGCUGCUUGCAAUGUUGAUUUUCAGAAUGUAAGAGAAUUCGCCAAGGUUACUUAGUCCAAUAUGUGGCUUUAAUAUGGGGAUGUGUUCAAUCACAUUGGCAGAUAAAUUGCUUUAUUGUUGUUGUUGUCCUCUUGCUUAUCCAUCCUCCCGCUUCCUACGGGCAUAACUUGAAGGAAGGCAUGUGCGCCAAAUGAGGGGCAGUGGGCCGGUGAAAGGAAGAAGAGGGUAGUGGAGGACAACAAGCACAAGACACAUAAGAGAGGGAAGAGGGGUGGAUACCCCUGCUUGGUGUGCUGGCCAGUCGAGAAAGGAAGGGGUGUGGGAAGGAACAGGACAAG